AUGAAUACUGCAAAGAAAUGGAUUUCCUGGAGGCGCAUCGAUGCCACUGGAGAAUGUCGACCCUUAACAAGAGCAUACUGUGUUGAGCAUAUCUAUCCACGCAUACUGUACAACUUCAGUGAUAUCCUAUGCUACAUUGUCCAGACCAACCCAAGAGAUUUGGAAUCGAUUGCAGAGCAGUUGAUAAUGUGGGCAGACAAUGUUCAUCAAACAUCUCUGAAUCAGGCUACCUUGCCUCGGGCCGUUCUUGUCCUGAACAACAUACCCUUGUCAACGCAAGAUGAGAAGGAUUGGUCAAAUGAAAAGUGGGCCACGGAGAAAGCCUACAAGACGCUGACUCGAUGCACUGUACUCAGCCCUGGGUUGACGCAAAUUGCGGAACGAUGGAAUGAAAUCCUUCCUCCAAAUAGACAGAUAAACUCUGUUAUGGACCUCCUUCGUUUCUAUUACAAAUCCCUUUCCGUUGUUUAUAUCCCUCCGCGAAACAACAAAUUCGGGGCUAAUGGCUUUUUUCGUCAAAUACAGCGUCUUCGGGCGAGCAUUCAUAACCUGGGAAGUGAAGUCAUGCAUGAAAGGACCGAAACAUCUGCAUUGAUCAAUUCGGAGACUUUGGAAUCCAUAUUGAAUGAUGGGUUAAAUCACUUUUUUACGAAGUUUGGAGAGCCUUUCGACUUUUUCAAGCACGCGAUCACGCACAAACCUUCGCAUCAGGACUUGGUCGGCUAUGCAACAACACUCUUGAUGGAGAUGAGAGAAAAUGAGCACAAUAACAAGAUGUUGGAUGAGCGCUGCGCUAAGCUCUUUGCUUCCUAUCGCUGCUUGAUGCUGUUGACGGAUCGGGGGUCAUUCCCGACUUUGCUGAACGACACUGUGUUUACUUCGCAUUAUCGCAGUGCAUAUGAAGAAGUGUAUAGAAAACUGCGUUGUUGGUAUCAGAAUGGCGGAAGAGGAUGCAGAAAUACCGCUGACGGACACGAAAAGGGCCACCAGGACCGGUUUGGUCUUUUAAUUGGCUCAGGCGACUAUCAAACUCCUUUCACCAAUGAGGCCGCCGAGGAGUUCAUCAGAACUAUCACCCGCCUUUCCGAUAGUAUGAUGACCCGGUUCAGAGCCCAGAGAAUGAAUGGCAUCGGAUCAUUUCUGGAGAAACACCUUGAGACUCUCGCUGCCGAAAGGGCAUUUUGGCUGGAGACCUUUUCGAACACAAUUUGCUAUUGCUGCAUUCGGGAAGCUCCUGAUUUCACGCUGAAAUGUCAACACACAAUUUGUCGUUCAUGCGUGAAGCUAUUCAGCCAGUCAGCCAGUGACGAGACGGUUUUUAAUCUCAAGUGCUGCCCUUUAUGUCGUGAAGGAGUGCAGAACCGUGAUAACUGGGCUCAGUUUAGAUUGAAGCCCGCCCUGGCCGGCGUACGUGUACUUGCCAUAGACGGCGGCGGCGUGCGAGGUACGAUCUCUGUUCGUAUCCUGGAAGCCUUGGAGAAGGAAAUUGGAUUGGGCUUGCCUCUAGCUCACUUUUUUGAUGUGAUCAUGGGAACAAGUUCUGGAGGCAUAAUCUCCCUAGGUCUAGGAGCAAAUCUCUGGUCUGCGACCAAAUGUAGAGAGGUAUUUGAAAACCUGGUUAAGACCUCAUUCGUCGCGCAACCACUGGCCUCAAUUCCAAUGCUAGGGUUUGCUAUCAGCUAUCUUUUUGACAGCUACUACCGAAAAGAGCCACUGGAAAAGGCUCUAGAUGUAGCAUUUGCUCGUUCCGAUGAUUUUGAGGGAGACUGUUCCAGCCAAAGACUGUUGUUCAGCGAGCCUUCGACGUUGCUUAAAUCUACUGACAAAAGCGCCAAUCCACUGCAGCAAAUUCUUUUGCGAGACAUUAAGGUUGGAGUUACAACUGUCAACGCAUUAUCAAACAAGACCACAAUCAUGUCCAACUAUAACAGGAAAAGAUCUGAUGAAAAUUCGUGCCCUAUAUACCGCUAUGACGAACCAUGGCUAGAGAUUCGACUUCCCGAAGCGGCGCGGUGCACAUCAGCAGCACCCUACAUAUUUCCGCUACAUCAGACCAAGAACGGACAAACAUACCAAGAUGGUGGUCUCAACGAAAAUAAUCCGGUCGCGCUCGCAGUCCGAGAAGCUAGUUCUCUUUGGUCUGACUAUUCUACCAUUGACAUCGCUGUGAGCGUCGGCACAGGCUGGACUAAAGAUGAAAUUGAGCGAUCUGAGAAAGUGAUCGUGGAGAGAAUACAGGGCAACGCUAUCUGA